AUGGCUGAAUUCCAGCUGUGUAUGGAGAGUCUAGACUCUCUCUGGUUCUUCAAUAACGUCCUCUCCUCCUCUCCAGUUCCCACCACAAAUCCAAUCGCAUCACCAGAAUCAGAAGAAGAAGAUUCCCACGAAUUAGAAGAACAAAGCAAUCAAAUUGCAGUAAUCCAGAGCUCUGGCGUCAAAAUUGAGCUCCCUGUGGCUCCGGUGGUGACGGAGAAGGGAGGAGGAGGAAGCAGGGUAGGGGAGAUAGUAUUCGAGUCGAAGCCGGAAUCACCAUUGGAGAGGAGGAAGCGUAUGGCGAGGAGAUCACGGAGCAAGCGCAAGAUAUUGCUGCUGGAGCUCGACCUCUGUUUCGAUGACCUCAAUCUUUUAUCUCCCAGCAGCUAUGGCGGCGGUGGCAGGGGAGGCGGCGGCAGCAGCAGCUUUGGGCGAUCGUACGGGAUAAUGGUGAGUCAACGGGAGGAUCGGAGCGAGAUUCCUUCGUUGAACGAUUCGCUGGCGAUGAAACGGCAUCUCAAGUCUUGGGCUCAAGCGGUGGCCUGCACCGUUAAGUGA